AUGACUGAUCAAUUCGCUUUUGAUUAUCCCUCGCCUUUGGUGGGCUAUGAGGGCUUGGAACCACUACCUGUAGAAUUAAAUGAAGAUGGCAAAUCUAUCAAGAACCCCCAACACGGUAUCCUAAGCAAAGCAUACGAGGACUUUCCCGAUCCGCUGGCAAAAGACCGACGCGGGGGAUUCGAUGUUCAUAUCUACCAUUUCCAGAAUAAUCCCGAUCAAGUCGCAUACGCAAGGGCUCUCUACGAGCGAAUCCGUCGUGAAUUUCCCGAGCUACGCAUGUACCGAUUCUUUGAAGGACCACUUGGACCUCACCCCAUUGCCAUGUUCGAAGUUAACCUUUUCACUCCGGCGCAGUUUGGAGCGUUCAUUCCCUGGCUUAUUAUUAAUCGGGGACCGUUGAGUGCGCUGCUUCAUCCAAAUACAGAUGAGGAGGAGGAAGAGCGGAACCAUACGCAGCGGGCGACGUGGCUGGGGGAUAAGAUUCCGUUAGAUUUGAGGAUUUUCAAGUUGAUGAAGCAGGCGGAAAAGAAAAAUAAGCAGAAUGGGAAGGCAACAUUCUAUCUCUCUUCACGGGAUGUGACGGCAGAAACAGUGCCGAGUUAUGUAUUGGAAUAUGCACCGAUGGUCUGGUUACAUAGAGAGGAGGCAUACAUGCCCUCUGAUAUUGGGGAGCAGCUUGUACACACCACGCCGAUGGUGGAUUGGAAGCCUAUAGAGAAGGCCCCGUCGGCGACAACUCUUGAUAAUCUUGACCAGCUCAACAAAUUUGGCAACACGAGCGUUUAUUUAACGUCAAAGGAAGGAAUCGAUGCUGACCCUCAGCCUUCAUGGCUCAGGGGCAUCAAACCUGACCAAGACGGUAGAACGCAGGAUGCAGUCUCUUCAACCAUCAUUCUUCGUGACCACGGAGAUGGGACCCUGGACGCUUUUUAUUUCUACUUCUAUGCGGAGCAUAACAUGAUACGGUUCUCCGAGGGUGUCCCACAGGCAAUCUGGUAUAGCCAGCAUGCUUCGGGACAGGCGUUUACGUAUGGAGCAACGGAGAAAAAUGGCAAGCGGCCGAUUGCAUAUUCAGGGAACGGCACCCAUGCUAAUUAUGCCAUUUCUGGGAAACAUGAUCACACUAUUCCCGGCUUCAAUCUCCCUGAUGGACUGAUCGUGGACCAAACUGAUUCGGGUACACUGUGGGACCCGAUUCUGAGUGCCUAUGUAUAUAAUUAUGAUGCUUCUGAGGAAACAUUUCAGGCCUAUGAUUCUGGAUAUCCGGUCAACUGGUUGAAUUUCAACGGCCGGUGGGGAGACGAUGCACUGCCGGGAGGGCCGGAGCUGUUUGGACAGAAAAAGUACGUUGCGGGGCCGAAUGGGCCGAAAUUCAAGAAACUGGUGAGGGACAAAGUGUGCCCGAGUAGCCCAUGUGUCGUUCUUCCUUUCCGGAUCUGGGAGAAUCAGACGUUGGAAGAGCAUGGACAACGAACGGAGUCAGGUUAG